CGCACCGGCGGCUGCGCGCCUCGCCCUAAACGCCCUUCCGUUUUGCGUUUUCUCCGGAUUUUUGCGUGCUUUCCCCCGCCGUGCCGGGCAGCAUGGGGCUGCCUGCGCUGGAGUUCAGCGAGUGCUGCCUGGACAGCCCGCAGUUCCGGGAGCGGCUGCGCUCCCACGAGGCCGAGCUGGACAAGACCAACAAGUUCAUCAAGGAGCUCAUCAAGGACGGGAAGUCGCUCGUCGCCGCCCUUAAGAACCUGUCGGCCGCCAAGCGCAAGUUCGCGGAUUCCCUCAACGAGUUUAAAUUCCGCUGCAUCGGCGACGCUGAGACGGAUGAUGAGAUCUGCAUCGCCAAGUCUCUGCAGGAGUUCGCCACGGUGCUGCGGAACCUGGAGGACGAGCGGAUGCGCAUGAUCGAGAACGCCAGCGAGGUGCUGAUCACGCCGCUGGAGAAGUUCCGCAAGGAGCAGAUUGGGGCUGCCAAGGAUGCCAAAAAGAAAUAUGACAAGGAGACUGAGAAAUACUGUGGUGUCCUAGAAAAGCACUUGAAUUUGUCUUCCAAGAAGAAAGAGUCCCAGCUUCAGGAGGCAGACAGCCAGGUGGACCUGGUCCGGCAGCACUUCUACGAGGUCUCCCUGGAAUACGUCUUCAAGGUGCAGGAGGUGCAGGAGAGGAAGAUGUUCGAGUUUGUGGAACCUGGGCUCUUCACGUUCUACCACCACGGCUACGAGCUCGCAAAGGACUUCAGCGACUUCAAGACAGAGCUGACAAUCAGCAUCCAGAAUACAAGAAACCGCUUUGAAGGAACGAGGUCAGAGGUUGAAGCUUUGAUGAAGAAGAUGAAGGAGAAUCCCCACGAACACAAAAACAUCAGCCCUUACACGAUGGAGGGGUAUCUCUACGUGCAGGAGAAGCGUCACUUUGGCACUUCCUGGGUGAAGCAUUACUGCACCUACCAGAGGGAAUCCAAGCGCAUCACCAUGGUGCCCUUCGACCAGAAAUCAGGAGGAAAAGGGGGGGAGGAUGAGGCUGUCACCCUGAAAUCCUGCACACGGCGGAAAACAGACUCCAUCGAGAAGAGGUUCUGCUUUGAUGUGGAGGCUGUGGAUCGGCCCGGCGUCAUCACCAUGCAGGCGCUGUCGGAGGAGGAGCGGAGGCUGUGGAUGGAGGCGAUGGACGGCCGGGAACCGGUGUACAACUCGAACAAGGACAGCCAGAGCGAAGGCACGGCACAGCUGGACACCAUCGGCUUCAGCAUCAUCAAGAAGUGCAUCCACGCUGUGGAAACAAGAGGGAUCAAUGAGCAGGGGCUCUACCGGAUCGUGGGGGUGAACUCCAGAGUUCAAAAGCUGCUGAGUAUAUUAAUGGACCCCAAGACAGCCACAGAGACAGACACAGAGAUCUGUGCAGAGUGGGAGAUCAAGACCAUUACUAGUGCACUGAAAACGUACCUGAGAAUGCUCCCAGGGCCCCUCAUGAUGUACCAGUUUCAAAGGAGCUUCAUCAAAGCAGCGAAACUAGAGAAUCAGGAGUCCAGGGUGUCGGAGAUUCACAGCCUCGUUCAUCGGCUCCCGGAGAAAAACAGGCAGAUGCUGCACUUGCUCAUGAACCACUUGGCAAAAGUUGCAGAUAAUCACAAGCAGAACCUGAUGACUGUUGCUAACUUGGGUGUGGUGUUUGGGCCGACGCUGCUUCGACCUCAAGAGGAAACAGUCGCUGCCAUUAUGGACAUCAAAUUCCAGAACAUUGUGAUUGAAAUUUUAAUAGAAAACCAUGAGAAGAUAUUUAACACGGUGCCAGAGGCUCCGGCGUCGAACUCGCAGCUGCUGUUAUCCCGCAAGAAGAGCACGGAGUCGAAGCCUCCCUCGUGCAGCGAGCGGCCGCUGACGCUCUUCCACACGCCCCAGCCCAACGAGAAGCAGGAGAACAGGAACAGCAUCAUCAACUCCAGCCUGGAAUCCGUCAUCUCUUCAAACGCAAACAGCUUCCUCAACUCCAACAGCGCUCCCCAGCCCAGCCUGAACUCGAGUGAUCUUGAACUAGAAGUAAUUAAGCCCAACAGGCCGAAUUCCCUCCCUCAGAAUCCAAGCCCAACGUCACCCCUCUCACCGUCCUGGCCCAUGUUCUCUGCGCCAUCAAGUCCUAUGCCCACCUCCUCUACGUCCAGCGACUCAUCCCCCAUCAGCUCCCCUCUGCGCAAGGCCCGCGCGCUCUACGCCUGCAAGGCCGAGCACGACUCCGAGCUCUCCUUCACGGCCGGCACCGUGUUCGACAACGUUCACCCAUCCCAGGAGCCCGGCUGGCUGGAAGGGACCCUCAACGGCAAGACAGGACUGAUCCCCGAGAACUACGUGGAGUUCCUAUAACUGUGGGGUGCACAGUGCCACUGCUGAGCGUUCCAUGGUAUCCAUGGGGAGUCCUGCAGGCCCCUGUGCCCUCUGCCACUGUGUGACCGGGCUGAGGACCCCCCUGUGCCCGCUGCCGGAUGUUUGUGUGGCUCAGACGUCGCCUCUCCUCCCUGCUGCCUGCGGGGGAGCGGUGCUGGGGACGUGGAGAGACUCCCCCAGCCCCAGGUGGGGGUGCUGAAGCCCCCAUCCCAGCGAUGGAGAACCAGCCAAGGGACGGCCAAGUGCUCCGAGGGGCCGAGCUGUGGACUGGGAAUGGCCCGAGGCGGGGGGCUCCCUGCAGGGGGACAGUUCCCUGGGAGCCCAGGGUCCCACCCAGGAGAGCCCUGUGCUCCCAGAGCCUUCCCUGGCUGUCCCAAGGCCAGCUCAGUGCUGCCAGGGCACACCCUGGGCUCUGGGGCAGGGGAAGGGGCUGAGCUCCGGGACUGGAGGUGCCCCUGGGCAGCGCUGACUCUUGCAGGCGAGAGCGAGCCCGGGGGGCUCGGGGCUGGCUGGGCUCUCCGGGCCCCUGCUCGCUGCACCGAGGAGGGUUUGGACCAAAACCCCUCACGCUCUUUUUUAUUUUCAAGGUUUUGAUUUUGUGGGGUAGCCCUCGGUGUGUGUGAGGUGAGCAGCCCGUGCUGCCGUCCCCUGCAGCCCCAGGCACACCUCAGUGCUGCUGCUGGGCUGUUCGGUACCUCCCUGCCCAAAUCCCUCUGUACAGACACAUCCGUGCUCACGCACACGGUGUGUGUGCCCUGCUGGAGCUGCCUCUGCCUCUCUCCAGCCUCGUUCUUCAGGCCUCCCCUUGCUUGCAGCCUCGUCUGUGCCAAGUCUGUGCAGUGCUGGUUGUGCCAGGUGAAUUAUUUCCAUCCUUGGGGGGCAUUUGCUGCUGCUGUUGGUCGGGAUGGGGCUGUGGAGAGCCAGGGAGGAGCCCUUGGACUGCGCCAGCCCGGCUCCUGCCUCCCUGGACGCGCCACGAGGGCCCAGCAGCGCCAGUGUGCAAACCCCUCAUGGCUCCAGGGCGUUUGGAAGGGGGCAGCUGGGAGAAGGAGCCCUGUUUGACUGCAGAGCUGGGAUUCUGAGAGCUGGAAUCAUAUUUUAUAAGAAAAAAACAUCUCAAGAGAACCCCCGGCCCGUGGCGCUGGGGAUGGAUGUCAUGGCUUUUUUGUAACAGUUUUAAAGACUCUGAGUGACUGAAUUGCUCUAUGUGUCGCUUUUUAUUUUUGAAAGGAUUAAUGUAUAAAUAGAGUAUCUUAAAAUAUUAUGAGGAAAA